GGCGGUAUACGCAAUUACAAACCGAAGAUUUUGGGUGAAACCCCACUGUCGACCAGCGCACCACAGAGCAACGGGUUUAGUAUCAGCAGCAACAACUUAAAGCUGCGUGAAAAGUGUAAGGAGGAUCCGUGGAUUUGACAAUUACUGAAAAAUGGCGUUUGGCACAAUGACAUCUUUGCUUGGCAUGAUUCCCCUGUUAGCGAUCGGCAUGAACUACUAUCGCUAUCAAAGCAUCGAUCCGGAGAACAAAGUGCAGGAGCCGCAAAUGACUCGUCGCCAAUAUGACUUCAUUGUUGUUGGCGGCGGUUCGGCUGGCGCAGUUAUAGCCAAUCGCCUAUCGGAAGUACGUAACUGGACGGUUCUAUUGCUAGAAGCUGGCGGUGAUGAGACGGAGAUAUCGGAUGUACCCGCGCUUGCCGGCUACCUGCAGCUCACCGAUUUGGACUGGAAGUAUACGACAACACCUUCACCAACGCGUCAAUACUGUCAAGCGAUGAAAGGCGACCGCUGCUUUUGGCCGCGUGGCAAGGUGCUCGGUGGCUCAAGUGUGCUCAAUGCUAUGGUUUAUGUGCGUGGUUCGAAGAAUGACUACAAUCACUGGGAGUCUCUCGGCAAUCCCGGUUGGGGUUAUGAAGAUGUGCUUAAAUACUUUCUGAAAUCGGAAGAUGUGCGUAAUCCCUACCUGGCAAAGACAGCCUAUCAUGAGACUGGCGGAUAUCUGACUGUACAGGAGUCACCUUGGCGUACACCACUUUCCAUCGCUUUUUUGCAAGCCGGCAUGGAGAUGGGUUACGAGGUGCGUGAUAUCAAUGGCGAACAGCAAACCGGUUUCAUGCUCACACAGAGCACCAUACGGAGGGGAUCGCGCUGCAGCACCGGCAAGGCAUUUAUCAGACCAGUGCGUUUGCGUAAGAACCUCGAUGUGCUGCUGCACGCACACGCUACCAAAGUGCUCAUCGAUAAAAACAAGCGCGCCAUUGGCGUGGAGUUCUUAAAGAACGGCCAAAAGAAUGUGGUUUUUGUGCGGCGUGAGGUGAUAUUAUCUGCAGGCGCUUUGAACUCACCACAACUGCUGAUGUUAUCAGGCAUCGGUCCAGCCGAUCAUCUGCAGGAACAUGGCAUCAAUGUAAUAUCCGAUUUGCCCGUCGGUGACAACUUGCAAGAUCAUGUCGGUUUGGGUGGACUGACCUUUGUGGUGGAUGCACCGCUUACAGUCACACGUUCACGCUUCCAAACUAUACCGGUCGCGAUGGAGUAUAUUUUGCGUGAGCGCGGACCCAUGACAUUCUCCGGUGUGGAAGGUGUCGCUUUUCUAAAUUCAAAAUAUCAAGAUCCAGCCGUCGACUGGCCGGAUAUCCAAUUCCACUUUCUACCCAGCUCCAUCAACUCGGACGCUGGCGAACAGAUACGUAAAAUUCUAAAUCUACGUGAUGGUUUCUACAACACUGUCUACAAACCGCUGCACAACUCUGAGACCUGGUCUAUCUUGCCAUUGCUGCUACGUCCCAAGAGCACCGGCUGGGUGCGGCUCAAUUCACGUAACCCUCUGCAACAGCCCAAACUGAUACCCAACUACUUUGCACAUCAGGAAGACAUCGACGUGCUUGUGGAGGGCAUUAAAUUGGCCAUAAAUGUCUCGAACACACAAGCCUUUCAGCGUUUCGGUUCGCGUCCGCACAACAUACCGCUGCCGGGCUGUCGUCACUACGAAUUCAUGUCCGACGCCUAUUGGGGUUGUGCCAUCAAACAGUUCACCUUCACCAUAUACCAUCCGGCGGGUACGUGCAAAAUGGGUCCCAGCUGGGAUGUCACCGCCGUAGUGGAUCCACGCUUGCGUGUUUAUGGCGUGUCCGGUAUACGUGUGGCGGACGCAAGCAUCAUGCCAACCAUCAUGAACGGUAAUCCCAACGCACCGGUCAUUAUGAUUGGCGAAAAGGCGUCUGACCUCAUAAAGGAGGAUUGGGGUGCGCGGCCGAUACGACAGUAUGGCUAAGCCGCUCGGCGCUGUGUAUGUAGCUGUCAUGCGUGUUUCUUACAAAUUAACACUUUCGUUGUUCCAUUUAGUGUUUCGUUAAUGCUUUCGCAAUAUACAUAUAGUAUAUGACUAGUCAAUUUAUCUUCCAUUUUUAGGUUUUACUUUACCAUUCGUUCGCUUUGUGAGAAAAAAUUAUUAUUUUUUUAUUUUUGAAAAUUGCGAAAUCGUUUUUAAGCUGCCUACAUCAGUAAAAUAUUUGUGUAUUGUUUACUUUAUGGCAGCCAUCAUUCAUUCAUUUAUGUUUGUUUAUAAUCAUUGAUAUGCUCAUUGUAAAUUCAUCGCUGCCUACUUAGCUUCGUUCAUAUUUUUAAGACUUACGCGCGUAAGAUACAAAAGUCGACUCUUUUGUAAUUUAAUUGUAUAUUUAUUUAUUCAUUUAGUUUACAAAUAAAAGUACAGUUGUAAGAUAAA